AUGGCUACUUUUGGAACAAUUGGUGAAUUUCGGGAAGACGAAGGGAGUUGGUCCGAGUACAUUGAGCGUAUGGGACACUACUUCGACGCCAAUAGCAUCAUUGAUGAGGGGAGGAAAAGAUCCAUUUUACUUAGUGUUUGUGGAGCCUCAACCUACAAGUUAAUGUCAAGUUUGGCGGCACCAAGGAAACCAGGUGAAGUUGAGUUCAAGGAACUUGUGAAAUUAAUGACUGAUCAUCGAGAUCCAAAGCCAUCGGUGAUCGUCCAACGAUUCAAGUUUAACAGCAGGUCGAGGAGACUAGAUGAAUCGCUGUCAACUUUCAUUGCUGAACUGCGACGAUUGGCUAAUGAAUGUAAGUUUGAUACUAUUUUAGUGGAGAUGUUGAGAGAUAGGAUUGUGUGCGGAGUGGCAGAUGAUAGAAUACAGAGGAGAUUAUUGGCUGAACCAACUCUAACAUUCGAAAAAGCUAAAGAUAUUGCAUUAGCAAUGGAAUUAGCUGAUAAAAAUACAGCCGAUCUCAGAGAUCAGAACAAAGGCGAGAUGGUGAACAAAAUCGCACAUGGUGUUCGUCAUCGUAAGUCGUCACAACGUCCUAAUUCCAAGAAACAUUCCUCAUGUGGUCGCUGCGGAAAGGGACAGCAUCAAGGAGAGGCUUGUCCAGCAAAAGACGGAGAGUGUUUCCACUGUGGGAAAAAGGGACAUUUUGCCGUGGUAUGCAGAGCCAAAGGAGAGAGGAAGGACCAGAGAAAAGUUUUCCAUCAGCAAGGGAAACGGACCGCCUCCAAUAAAUCUCGCACUCUGCAGAUCGAAACAAGAGAGGAUGAUGAAAGCGAAAGCUACGGGUUGUAUACACACUCGACGAAAGCUUCCAAACCUCCUCCGAUUAUGACUCAGCUAACAGUGAAAGGGAAACCUAUAAACUUCCAAGUGGACACGGGCUCGGCAGUAACGCUCAUCAAUGAGAAAAAGUGGCUCUCUCAGUGGAGUGACAAAGAGAGGCCUAAGCUGAGCGAACCAAAAACGCGGCUUCGUACAUACACCGAGCAUUUAGUUGAAAUUAUCGGAGAAUGUGAAGUCGCCGUAUCCAAGGGCAACAAGGAGGAACGCUUGCCUUUGAUAGUUGCGAGAGGCAGAGGGCCGAAUCUCAUGGGACGAGAUUGGCUGCACGAAAUAAAGUUGGACUGGAGGGAGAUAAACUUGGUCAGGGUCAAUGACGCAGUAGACAGAGUGUUUUCAGACUACGCGGGACUGUUCACACGAGAACUUGGAAAGUUGAAAGGUGUAGAAGUAGAUCUGGAUAUUGACCCCGAUGCAUCACCUAAGUUUUUGAAGGCCCGUCCAGUUCCAUUUUCGCUUCGAAGUCGUCUGGAUCAAGAGCUGGAUCGCCUUCUAGCAGAUGACAUAUUUGAACCAGUUCAAUAUUCGAACUGGGCAGCUCCAGUGGUCCCAGUCGUCAAAGGAGAUGGAUCCAUUCGUAUUUGUGGGGAUUAUAAAACCACGAUUAACACAGCAGCUCGAUCGGAUACCUAUCCGAUUCCGAGAGUAGAAGAGCUAUUUGCAAGGCUUGCAAAUGGAAAGAAAUUCACAAAACUGGAUCUUUCUCAUGCCUAUCAGCAGCUAGUCCUGUCUGAGAAAUCCAGGGAGUUCGUCACCAUCAACACGCAUAGAGGGUUAUUUCGAUAUUAA